CCUAAGCGAAUAUGCAAGCGUCAGCAAAGCGUCCCAACAAAAAUCGGCGUCCCCAUAUGACCCGCCCGAACACCCGCUGCCCUGCGAGUCAUCAAACCCACCGAUCCACCCCCAACUCCUUGAAUCACAGCCUCUUGAGCGAAGGUCCGCGUGGCAUCUUGGGCUUGCUCUCGUACAGCUGGCAGUCUCUCCGAUUAGACCAAUAAAGAAACCGAGGUCCCUUUCAGUUCCUCUCCAAUCACACACGCCCGCUGCCCGGCCUUAUUUAACUCCGACCUUCCUUCAAAACCGACCACCGACGCAACACAUCGACCACCACUAGAGAUUCCGUCGCCAUCGCUGCCCACAAUGGAUUUCUUCGCUCAACCGUGUCCGCCGAUACUCGCACCCAUCCGCGCCUACGCCGAGGUCUUUGCCGAGCAGACGUCGCUCCCAUCGCUGCCCCAGCACACGCACCAGGUGCUCGGCGCCUUCGCCGUCUACCACUUGAUCUACCAAGUGAUCUCUCCGAUCCUCUCCCGCCUGAUUCUCCCCAGCCAUUACAACAAGUUCCCGCGGCGAACACAGGUGAACUGGGACGUCCAUGUCGUGUCCUUCAUACAGAGCGCGUUCAUCUGCGCACUCGCGUUAUGGGGGAUGCUCACCGACGGCGAUCGCCAAGUUGCUGCUGCGGCGGUCGGUGACGAGGGUGCGCUUUACAGAGUCUUUGGGUACACCGUCACCGGCGCUGCGGUUCAGGCCUACGCGACGGGAUACUUCCUCUGGGAUCUGAUGAUCAGUGUGUACUAUGUCGACAUCAUGGGGUGGGGAUUCGUUGCGCACGCCGUUUCGGCUCUGGUGGUCUAUGCUCUUGGAUUUCGCCCAUUCGUCAACUACUAUGCACCGAUCUUCAUCCUCUUCGAGCUCUCGAGCCCAUUCCUCAACAUCCACUGGUUCUGCGACAAGCUGAACCUGACGGGCUCCAUCUACCAACUCGUCAACGGCUUCUUCCUGCUGGGCACCUUCUUCUGCUGCCGCAUUCUCUGGGGCACCUAUAACUCGGUGCUGGUUUUCCGCGACAUCUUCUACGUGUACGCGCACCCGGCGGUGGCCUCGCCCGAGGCUCUCAUCGCCGCCGAGGCGCUCAGCGGCGAGAAGAUGGUUGCGCACCCGUUCGCCGGCAUGCAAGUGCCGCUGUGGCUGGCCAUCGUCUACCUCGGCUCGAACCUCACGCUGAACGGGCUGAACUACUACUGGUUCUCGCGGAUGAUCGUCACGGUCACCGCCCGAUUCACGCAGCCGAAGAAGGUCAAGACUAACGCCGAUGUCGACGAGAAGUUGCGCGUCGAGGGAUCCAACGUCGAUCUUGCUACGCCCGCCGAGAUUGCGGGCGAGAAUGCGAGGAGGAGGAUCAAGAUGAAGGCUGGGCAAUAGAUAAACUCUUACUCUAGCUACUGGGGCGUCUUGGAGUUUGGUCCGGAAGGGAAGGAACAGUGGCCUAUGUCAUUGAAACGGGGUUCUUUUUUUGUUUCUGGUGUUUUGCUUGUCCGUAUCGUAGGUUCACUGGUCGCUCGGGGGUGGGGGUUAGAUAUCGGAGGCACUCUGUUAUGUACCUUUUGUAGAUUUGGUAUUUACGUUCGCGAUUCCGUGUUUCUGCUGCCUGUUCUCCGGAUUCUUGUAUGACAUGAUGCGGUGCGAUUUUGCCGAGUGACGGCUGCGAAGUAGGGCUAUACAUACAUGAUUUAUUGAUGUA